AUGGAAAAAAAAACUGUUUGUAGGAUAGUAGACGAUAAAAAAUUUCUCUCUGAUAUUCCUACAUCAAUACAAAAUGAAUAUUAUCAUUAUCGUCAAUAUCAACACUUAAACCACACUAUGAUGUACCAAUCAAAUGACAACUAUAAUAAUAAUAGUACUGGUACUACUAAUAAUCAUAAAAAUUAUCCAUUAUAUAAUGAUAGUUUAAAUGAUAAUAAUGAUAAUAAUAUUAUAACAACAACAUGUAUUAAAAAAUUUCAUUAUGUCAUUGAUGAUCCAAAUAUUCUAGAAGAAUAUGAAGAUUUUACUGAAGAAAUUUAUGCUAUUUCAAAUUGUCCAUUCAAUACUUCAAAAGCAUUAGCUUCAAAAUGUAGUCAAGCAAAAUAUAUUAAAAUAGAAUUUAAUGAUUUAUCUAAUAUAGAUAAAAAUAAUUGGGAUCUAAUAACGAAUCAAUAUAUUUCAGGUAUUAUAUCAAAUAAUAUCUUAUUUCAUUUUAAACUAUCUGAUAUACGUGCUAUUGCCCCAGUUAUAUCAUUGAAAACAAAUCGUAUCUAUGCAAAUAUUGAUUGUGCUCAAUGUCAUGGUGAAUUUAAAACAAUACCAGGAAUGAAUUUUAAUGAUUAUUUAAAAAAAUAUUUAAAAUUUUAUACAGUAAAAAUUCGUUGUCAUUUAAUAAAUAAUCAAUAUCGAAUUUGUUUAUUAGAUACAAUAUUACCACCUAGUUAUUCACGUUCAUGUUCAUCAUUAUUACGUACUAAUAUAACACCAUUAUCAAUAAUGAAUAAACGUAUUAAAUGGCAUGAAUUUGUUGCAUUACCAUCAAAAUAUUUAGGUUUUAAUCUUAAUCUAACUAAUAAUAAUAAUGAUAAUAAUAAUAAUAAUGAUAAAUCUACAAUAUUGAAAUUCAUAGAAUCUAUAUUUGAUAUUUUACAACUUAUUAUUACUAUUUUAUCGGCUAUAUGUUUAUGUAUUUUAUUAAUCAUUUAUAGUAAAACAAAAUCGAUAUAUCAAAAAUUAUCCAAUCAAUUAAUUAUGGGUCUAUCUUUAUCGAUUUUAUGUUUAUUAUUGAUUUAUUUAACAUUAUCAUUAAUUAUUGAACAAUUGAAUAUAUUCAAUCGUCAAUAUUGUGUUAUCAUAGCAUUUUUAAUACAUUAUUUCUUUUUAUGUAGUUUUAUAUGGAUGUUAAUAUUUGGUAUGAAUUUACUGAAUACAUUUGGUGGUAUUCAUACAUGUUUAUUAUGUAUUACAUAUAUUAAAUUAAAAAUAACAAAAUCAAAAGAAACUAUCAAUUCUAUAAAUCACCAAUUUAUAUCAAAUGCUAUGCAUAGUAUGGUCAUUCAAUCAGCGAAACGUACUGGUCCCGAUUCAACGAAAAGUAUCGUCUUUUCUUCUUUACUAUCAACCAUAUUACCGUUCUGUUUUGUGAUACCGGCUAUUGUCAUCAAUGAGAAAACUUAUCCAAAUGAAUGUAUACAUGAACAGCAUGUCGCUAAAAUGUUGAAUAAUGAAGUAGAUGAAUCAAUAUGUACAAAAAAGGAUUGUACAAGACCAUGGUUUACAAUAAAUGAAGCAUUUUUCUUAUGGUUUCUGGCGCCAACUACAGUUUUAUUAGCAUUCAACUGUCUUGUAUUGAUCAUUGUUGGAACUCACAUAUGGUUUCUCAGUCAAAAUGAAUUAAAUGUAUCAACAGGUAUAGGAAGUGAAUCAGGCACAAAUGAUUUUCCGAAACAAAGAAUUGUAUGGAUAUUUCAAAUUUUAGCCAGUCUUUUACCUGAUGUCCCAUUAAUUGGACGUGCAGCUAGCUUAGUUAGUAGUGCUCAAGGAGCUGCUCUCACAUUUACAACUACUAGCAAUCUGAAAAGAAAAGCAAUGACAACAUGUGAAUGGACAAGUAUUUUCACGUUAAGUACCAGUAAUACAAGUGGUACUAAUAGAAAUUUUCGUAAUUGGAUUAAACCAGAAAAACUGAAGGCUACUUCAUCAGAUAAGGCUGACUCAAAUUUACAAUCUACAAAAUGCGACGAUAAUUAAUUUCC